AAAAAAGAGCUUCUUUUGCUUACGGAAUGCCCUCUAAUCAUGCUCAAUUUAUGUCAUUUUUCAGUUCUUAUUUCACCCUAUUCCUCGUGCUCCGUCUUAGUAAAGGAUCAAUAAGAUCAUUUUAUCGCAUUUUUGUGAUAUUAUUUAUACUCUUGUUAACUUUUGUUACGUGCUUUAGCAGAGUUUAUUUGCUUUACCAUGAUGUAAAUCAAGUUAUAUGCGGUCUUGUUGUUGGAGCAAUACUUGGAUCUACUUGGUUCCUUUUGGUUAACUUUGUCUUCACUCCACACUUUCCCGCUAUAGCGAAUUCAUUUUUGGGUAACUUAUUUAUGUUACAAGACCAUACUAUGAUAUCAAAUAUCAUGUUAUUUGAAUACAUCUGUUGUAAGAAUGAAAAUAGGUAA